GAGCAGAGGGACGCACGCACGCUGGGUCAUCCCGCCCCUGCCAUGUGAUUCUCGUUACAGCAGCAGCUCCAGGACGAGUUCGACCGAGGAACGUUUGAGUGCAGCAAAGGAAAAUACAUGAAGAAACAAGGAAAAGGAAACACUGCUGGCAUCCCCCUCUCUUCACCAGCAGGGAGCAGCAGUGUGCAGGUCUACAAUGAAUACCAGAAGGCAGCUUUCAAGUUUCAUCCUGAGAAUGGUCAUGCUACAGAAAACGGUUCUCACAGGGUCAGAGGUCGAGAUGAUACAGGCAAGAUGUCCCGUGUACCAGACAUCAUCUCUCACAGCCAGGAGCCGAGGUACAGCGUGAAAGAUGAUGCCUUUCAUAGAAACUCCUCGUGGGUGAUGGAUUCAUGCAGCCAGGUCUAUUCAGGGCCGGAGGACAACUCCACAGACCAACAUGAGACCCUGACAGAGACUUCAACUCUGACCUUUGUGGAUGCCCACACCACGGAGGAAUCGACAGAGAACCACAGCCUCCACGGGGUGGAGAUGAUUUACCUCAAGGAAUUUGUGCUGAUAGACGACGAUGACGAUGGAGACAUGUCGCUGAGAGAGAAAACAGUGACGGACUUGUCCAUCAUGGGCGGGAAAGCAGCUGAGCUGGUGUGUGGGAGGCUGUUGUCCACCUCCAGUGGCUCGCUGUCGGAGUAUAAGGAGGAACCCUCGGCUCCUGAAGCUCCUCCCCCCGAGGAAGUGGAGGCUGAACAUGAAAGGAAACCCUGCUGUGUCUGCACCAUUUUAUGACCAGACAGAAUACUCAUAGUUUGAACUCUACAGGAGUUUGUGUUGCUUUCACACUCCUGAUAUUUCCAGGAGGAGCUACAUGUGUGAAUGCAAACAGACACAUUUUUCAUUCAGACUUCAGCCAGAGUUUCUCCUCCAGCCCCCUCGUAUUCAUUCUGCAGAAAGUCAGAGUGAGCUGAUGUGAGAACGCAGCAGGAUAUAAUCAGGAGAAUUCACCUGGAGCCAGUGGGAGGGGGUGGUGACCUUUAUUCCCUGUGAUCGCUGCACGACCAUAGACUGUCUGCACGCCACCUCUACCAUCUCCGUGCUCUAAUGAACCUGCUGCUGCAUGUUUCCUGUUCUCCAGUAUGUUCUUCUCCACUCUUUAGUCCUACAAUUCUACAAUUCUACGAUUCUCUUAGCAGACACUUUUAUCCAAAGCGACGUACAUCAGAGAGUACGUACAACACAAGCAAGGAUCUAUGAAAAAGGAAACAAUGUCAGUAAGAGCAAACGAUCAGCUUUGAGUCUGAUUGGACACACAGGUGCUGACAGGAAGUGACCAGAGGCAAAGCACAACAUUGAGGGCAGUUCUUGAGAGCUCUAAUCAGUAUAGAAAGCAUCUUAUAAGUCAUCGUUAUCAAACAAAAACCAUCGUCAUUACCAUCAUCAUCAUCAAUAAUAUGGAGACCAUCAUCAUUAAGUUAGUACGUAUUCAUGAAAGAGCUGGGUCUUUAGCUUUUUCUUAAAGGUGCAGAGGGACUCUGCAGAUCACAUGGAGUUUGGAAGUUCAUUCCACCACCGGGGGGCGACAGAGGAGAAGAGUCUAGUCAGAGACUUAGGACCCUGUUGUGAAGGUUGGAUCAGACGCCUUUCAUUGGCAGAGCGUAGUGGGCGGGAGUGAGUGUAGACCUGGAUGAGAGAGUUAAAGUAAGGAGGA